AAAAGAAUAAAACCAGGUCGAGCCAUAUUCGAUAAUGUUUCCAAGAGCAGAAAAUUUUCUAGGUGUCGAGUCCAAUAUAACCAAGAAAGCAUAAACCAAAAGAGAGUCAAAAUCAAGAUUGAUAGGUCGUAUAUAUAUCCAUCCUUUUUAGUUGUAUUAUUGGCAUCUCAAUUGGUCAAUCUUAUCGACAUUAAAAGGAAAGAUGAGGAGGUCACUAAAAGAUAUAAGAUGAAAAUAAAAAUCUUAAAAGAAAUCAUUGAAGAUAUUGAAGUUAAAAAACAGUAUGUGGAUAUCGACGAUAGAUUGAAACUUAUAAAUUUGAUGUUUGAACGUUCAGGAAACAAAAAAAGUGAAGUUGGUUUGAUAAAUUCAAAUAAAAAGGAUCAGAAGAUGCAGGAAAAGGAUUUUCAGGCAGAAGAAGAGUUUGAUUUUGAUAAAUUCCUGGCUGAGCUCGCCAAAAUCUUGAAAGAAGAACCAGAAGAAAAGAAAGACGAAAUCAAGACAGAAGCUGUCAAUGAAAAGAAGGAGCUAAAUGUGGAAAAUGAACCAGAAAUUGAUAAAAAAGACGAGCCAAGUGAAAUUGAGCCGUUCAAAUAUGUUUCUAGAAAAGAGUUUAGCGAAAAGAACUUGGAAAAGAAAUUCUUUUAAAUAACUUUGAAAAACAAACAUUCAUUAAUGAUACAGUUUAGUUUAUUGAUAAUUCUCUGUAGUUGGACCUUUAUUAUUUUUUGUUUUUCCAUUCACUUUUUGGUCUUGAAACCAGCCAGCAUCAGAAGCACGGACAUGUAUAAAGAGCGUUAAUUAUAUUAUUAAAACCACUGCUACUAAUU